AUGAGAGCAGCAGUGGGGUGUCACAGCGGGUGCUGGAAAGAGGACGCUGCCGCUCUGCGCCCCGCUGUCCCUUACAGGGUGCGGGGAAGGGCUGCAGCUCCGGCUCCUGCUCCCCCACCAACCCAGGGGAGAUGCUGCGGCCCUGCUGACCCUCGGGGUGCGAGAUGCGGGGAGGCGGCGGCCCCGCUGCACCCCCGGGGCCGGUGCUGCGGUGCCCCUCGGUGCCGCCGCCUCGGGCGAAGCAGUGCCGGGGGAGGUCAGGACCGCUCCGUGCCGUGCCGGGGGAGGGCAGCCGUGCCGGGGGAGGUCAGGACCGCUCCGUGCCGUACCGGGGAACGGCUGAGCCAGCGCGGGCGGCCCCGGGCACAACAGUGCGAAAGGGAAAGCCAGCGCCCGGGUGACUUCCCCCUGCCCGAGCGGGGCGGGGCGGGACGGGGAGGGUGGUGGUGGGGGUGGCCGCCAUCACCCGCUUCCCGGUUGCCCGCCCCGUCUCCGGCCGCGCCCGCAGCCCCGUUCCCCGCCGCGCCAGGCAGCAUGAGCGGCUCCGGGCCGGAGGCGGCCCAGCCCGGCCAGGCGGCGGAGGCCGGGCUGCAGGAGGCCGAGCAGGACUGGGCGGCGGCCAAGGCUUUCUACGACAACCUGGUUUCCAAGAGACCCCGGCCGCCCAAGCCCCAGCACGCCAUCACGGUGGCCGUCUCCUCCCGAGCCCUCUUCGACCUGGUGGAGGAGCGGCGGAUCUACGAAGAGCAAGGGGUGGAGAAGUACGUGGAGUACCAGCAGGAGAACGAGAACGUCACCCUCAAACCCGGACCGGCUUUCCACUUCGUCAAGGCGCUGGAGCAUGUGAAUGCCCGGCUUCUUGAGCUGUACCCUGAUGAUGAAGAACGAUUUGAUAUUGUUCUGAUGACUAAUAACCACGCCCAAGUGGGAGUGAGACUCAUAAACAGCAUCAAUCACUAUGGUUUAACAAUUGAACGUUUCUGUAUGACGGGAGGAAAAAGCCCUAUUGGUUACCUGACUGCGUAUCUUACGAACUUGUACCUCUCAGCAGACUCAGAAAAAGUGCAAGAAGCUAUAGAAGCAGGCAUCGCAUCAGCUACGAUGUUCGCUGCCAACAAAGACGUUGCUUACUCAGAUACACAGUUGAGGGUGGCAUUCGAUGGGGACGCGGUUCUCUUUUCUGAUGAAUCAGAACAGAUUGUCAAAGAGCAAGGAUUAGACAGAUUUUUUGAACAUGAACAGCUGAAUGAAAAUAAGCCUCUUGCCCAGGGUCCUUUGAAAGGUUUUCUGGAAGACCUAGGGAAACUCCAGAAGAAGUUCUAUGCAAAAAACGAACGAUUAAAUUGUCCUAUAAGGACCUUCCUGGUCACAGCCAGAAGCGCGGCGAGCUCAGGAGCCAGAGUGCUGAAGACACUUCGUAGCUGGGGUCUAGAGAUUGAUGAGGCACUCUUCCUAGCAGGAGCUCCUAAAGGACCGAUCCUGGUGAAAAUCCGCCCUCACAUUUUCUUCGAUGACCAGAUGUUUCACAUCGAAGGAGCACAGAAAUUGGGCACCAUAGCUGCGCAUGUUCCCUACGGCAUUGCUCAGAAAUACCACAAACCUGCAUGACUGAAUGGCACCAUUAACGAUAAGGUUCUUAACUCAGCCAGCCUGUACCAUACCAAUAGUUGUGUCUGAAAACCUCUACGUUUGUAUGUUGUAAGCGCCAUGUUUAAAGAUUUAACUUCUGGCUAGAACAGCCUUUAAAGGAAGUAUUUUUAAUAUAGGUAAGUUUUUAAUAGAGUUAUUUUAAUAGCGUUCUUAAGCAGUCUAGGUUUUUUACCCAUCUGGAUCUAACACUGUGUUUGAUAUUAGGAAAAGAUUUGUACUGUUUUUAUAGCUUAAGGCAUAUUUUGAGAGACAGAGAGAACAGUUAUAUUUUCUUUAAAAACUGUUGACGGGUUAUUUAUAACAAAAAUCAUGCUGCAAUGCUAGUCCUUGACGGUUAUUUCUGCAAUUACCAAAAGCACAGUUUACGUAUAAGUGUUUACCUCUUGGUGGUUUGCUUAAGUGUGUGUUCAGCAGGUUUGUUAUCACGAGGUUUCAGCUUCCAGUGAAAUGUUAGCUUAUUUGAUCUUGUGUUUACAGGAACCCUUUAUUUUUCUAUAUUGUUUUCCUAUUCUAAUAAAGCUGGCUUUACAGAACAUUGUCAUUUUCUAUGUAGAGGUUUUAGCAAAAUUUCCUGUGUGGUUUGUGUAAUCAGUGUCUCUGUGGCUCUUGCCUCCUUUGGAUAUUUAGAACCAGAAGUGACCACUUUCAGCCAAAUUUGAGAGAGAGAGAGAAAUCUCAAAUACACUUAAGUCCUAACAGAUUUCAUAGAGUUGGGCAGAAGUCAGAGGUGCCGUGAGUAUCUUGACUGGGACAAAGACUGAAGCUUUAGAACAUACCUUUGUAACAGAAGAGAUUCUGCCCUAAAUAAUGCUGAUGAUGGAACUCCUUGUUUCUUGACUAGGUUCACUUAGGAUUUACAGCUGUUCUGUGACCUGUGUGAACUCAGUUUGGCAACCUCACAUGAGUUUCCAGGGGAGAGGUGCCUGUUGCAACGUGAAUUCAUGUAAAUUUACACCGUAGUUCUAUUCUACCUCUUUUAUGCUAAGUUCCUGUAUCUCAGUGUCAUCCGUGUAUCCGAGUGCCUUCCAAAAGACACAACUAACAUCUGUCAGGUGGUGUUUGUUCUCUUUCUUUCCCUAGUGGAACAAGUGUCCUGUUUUAUUUUUAAUGUUGCUAUGUAUUUAUACCAGAAGAGACAAAACCAAAAGAAUGUGCUUUGCAGUGGGAGUAGAAGUUGGUGAAGGCUUGUGAUGAUCUGUGGUUCCUGGGGGAAUUCACUCCAGAAUCUCACAUUAGCCUCUGAGGAAGUUUGGUCUCUUCUGUCCGGAUGAACUGUCCUGUUAUUGCAGAAAGCUUCAUUGCAUUAAUUGUGGUUUCCCUCUCGGAAACAUCGUCAGUCUUUUAAAUAUUCUGGGUCUAAGCCACAAGGUCCUUUGAAAGCAAAGACAAAAGCCUUGAUCCUUCAUGAAACUCAAAUACAGGCCAUUAGAAAGGGGUUUUUUGUGUUCACACCAGCACGCGUUGUUGAUGAGGUGUGCUGCAGAGUUCUGGUGUACUUGGACUUCCAUAAGUGCUAAAGGCUUUGUGUCCAAAACGUAUCGCAUUUCCCAGCCCAGCCAGGAGGUGAGGAAGACGUGAAUAACUGAGGUCUGGUCAUUGUCUGCCAGGAUGGGAUAGAGUUACCUCGCCAAGUGGAGAUUAUAAGAAAUGUUAUUAGCAGAUGUUUUUAUGUGAGAGCUCAGAAUCGGCAAGGAAUCCAAAAAUAUUCCUUAGCUGUGGAAUAUAAAUUGCGUGUACACCUUCAUCACAAAAGCAUGGCUGCACAUUUCAGGAACACCGGUUGGUGCUGCCUUGCUGAAGCAGAACAUGGAUCAGCCAUUUUUCAUCCAUGCGCUGUUAGAGCUAUAGAUGUUGGGUGGAGGAAAACAUGAAGGAUAUCUGCUGUGCGAAGAUUGCUGGCACUUGACUCUCAUUGAACAGACCAAUUCAGGUCUGAUACUGGAAAGGGCUAAUGGGAUCCUUGAUCCCUGUGGGACUCCAAAGGUGACUGUCUCAUGCCUGACAGGGUGAGCAUGU